AUGGCCGUCCGAAAUACCGGAUGUUUUGACCUGUUGCCAGCUGAUAGAGCCGCCGUGCUCACUGCACUUUUUCAGGUUUGUUGAACAUUUUUUUGAAGUUAUAUUCAAGUUACUUUUUUUCGGUAGUUUUUUUAUUCUAAAUUUUUAAUUUUUUUAGGUUUUUCUCUAAAAAGUAGCUAAGGUGGCUCAAACUGUGUGAAAAAUCUUGCAGAGAUUUUGUUAAUAUUUCGAAUUUUUUUCUCAUUAUUUAUUUCUAAUAAAAAAACAGACGUUUAGUAUUGUCAAUUUUUUUUUCCACUUGAGAGCCAAGGGAGGCAGAGAAGUGAGCGGGACGCGUAGCGUGUGCGUACGCUGUUUUCGGCACAACUGUCAGCGGCUAUUUGGGGAGCUCGUCUACCGCUCUUUUCAUUCCUUUUUCGAUUCUUUAUUGAUUCAUUGAUUUUUUUUGUUGAAAAUAGUUUAACAAAGACAAAAAGAGCUGUGACCGAGCUCUUUCGAUAGUCAGUGGCGCUUGAAUUGAACUCGUACCAAGAACCGCAACGCACACGCUACGCGUCCCGCCCCCUUCUUCGCCUCCCUCGCCUUUCAAAAAAAGGAUUGAUUAUAGUUCGAAUCAAAAAAAUUCAUCUUCUCUUCUCUGGUUUUUUUAACACUACUACCAAAUAUCAGAAAACCUUCGACUUUCAAUUUUUUGCGAAAAAAGAGAAUAGUCCCUUCAAAAAAAAAAAAAACAUAUUCUCCAUAGUAGAUUCGGCUUGGAAAUCACACAAAAAACAAACCUAAAAUCAUUUUCCAUCCCUUUUCAGGUCUUCACAAUGAUCGUGGAAAUUCUGUCCUACUUGGCCUUGGAAUCUCGUGGAUUCAUCGUCUCCAGGACUCUUUUCCGGACUGUUAUUUUCACGGUCGGCUUCAUCUACGUCUGCGGAGCCGUGUUAUCGGUUGAAAGUUGAGAAUAUUGCUUUUCUAUUCAAAAAAUAACAGAUAAUCGGGGUCUGUCGGCGUCAAGUUCUCUUGGUCAACAUCCAAGCGACUUUAACCACGACUAUAAUGAUUUUGACCGACGCUCUCGCCAUUUCGAUCAUCUUUUUGAUGGCUGUUGGUUGGUUUCUGUUUUGAAAUCUUCAAUUUUUUUCAAAAAAAAAAAACCUUGAAUCAAAAAAAUUUGAGGGAAUCGAAGCACAUUCCUCAACUCGUUGCCAAGCCGUUUCGUAGAUGAGCAACGUUUUUAUUCGUGAGUUUUUCUUCAUUUUUUGAUUAAAUUCAAUUUUGGAAAUUUUCCAAGCUUGCGGAGGAAGAUAGAGUGUAACUUAUCGUGAAUACCAUUUUAUAGUUUUCAUUCUAUCUCUUUCGAUCAAAUUAACUCCAGACAUACUUUUUGCAAAUUUAAAACGCUUCAAUUUUUCAUCGUUUUUCUGGGAAAUUAAAUUAAAUUUUCGCAGCGUAUUUCGGUAUUACAAUCUGAGAAAUUCUCAAUUAAUUCAAAUUCUUUUGCGCUCCAAAUGGCUCCAAAACAGCUUGGUUGGCUGAAAAACAGUUCAAAAAAACAAAACAAAAAAUUGCAGAGCACUUGGACCAUUCUGGAUGUACCUCGGUGCCAUUACCCUACACAUUACCGUCGCAAUAAAUAUGGCCUUUUUGCAAUCUUUCAACACCUACACCAAACUCUUACAGGUAUUCGGAAAAGUUCCGCGAUUCAACCUGUUUUUUUUUCAGAAAGACGGACAGCUGGCAAAAACUGCGUUGCGCAACUUUUCUGCUUCGCAAACCUUUCAAUAA